GGGCCUCGAGGCGCAGCACGGGGGCGGGGCCAACCCGCUGACCUCCUUACCCCCUCCCGGCCUCCGCGCUCCAGGCCCUUCCGGGGUCCCCACCCCCGGACUCCCAGGGGACCCGUGGAGGAGCGUGGGCCCUGAGAUCUGCGCGCCCCAUCCAGCCCUGAGCCCCUCGGGACUGAGCAGAGAUGGGAGAUGGAGCCGGUGUUGCCCCUGGUGCUGCCCCUCCGGCUCCGAAUCCGUCUGGCGCAGGGGCUCUGGCUUGUCUCCUGGCUGCUGGCGCUGGCCAGCGGCCUCACCCUCCUCUGUAGCGGGCACCUUCUGGUCCAGCUGUGGCACCUCGGCACCUUCCUGGCUCCUUCCUGCCCGUUCUCUGCCCUGCCCAAGGUUGCCCUGGCGGCGGGCACACUGGCCCUGGGCACAGGACUGGUGGGUGCCGGAGCCAGCCGAGCUAGCCUGGAUGCAGCUCGAUACCCUCCCUGGCGAGCAGUCCUGGGCCCCCUGCUGGUGGCCGGCACAGCGGGCGGCGGGGGCCUCCUGGUCCUCGCCCUGGGGCUAGCCCUGGGUUUGCCUGGGAGUCUGGCCGCAGGGCUGGAGGAGGGUCUGGGGGCUGCCUUGGCUCACUACAAGGACACAGAGGUGCCAGGGCACUGUCAUGCCAAGCGGCUGAUGGACGAGCUGCAGCUGAGGCACCACUGCUGCGGGCGCCAUGGCUACAAGGAUUGGUUUGGGGUCCAGUGGGUCAGCAGCCGCUACCUGGACCCCAGUGACCAAGAUGUGGUUGACCAGAUCCAAAGUAAUGUGGAAGGCCUCUACCUGACUGAUGGGGUCCCCUUCUCCUGCUGCAACCCGCACUCACCCCGGCCUUGCCUGCAAAGCCGGCUCUCAGACCCCCAUGCCCACCCCCUCUUUGAUCCCCGACAGCCCAACCUAAACCUCUGGGCCCAAGGGUGCCAUGGGGUGCUGCUGGGGCACCUGCAGGGCUUGGCAAGCAUGCUGGGCAGCAUGUUGGCUGUCACCUUCCCGCUGCAGGCUCUGGUGCUCGUGGGCCUGCGGUACCUGCAGACAGCACUGGAGGCGGUUGGAGGGGUCAUCGAUGAGGAGGGUGAGACCCAGGGCUAUCUUUUUCCUGGUGGACUGAAAGACAUGUUGAGAACAGCAUGGCUGCAGGGAGGGGCUGCCCACAGGCCAGCCCCUGAGGAGGUCCCCCAAGAAGAGGCACCUCCCAAGGAGGGUCUUCCUGAGGCCUAGUGGCCUGGAGCUUGGGGCAGGGAUGGGGGCAAGUCUGAAAACCUCACAAACUCUUACCAAGGCUCCAGGUGGGGGGCCCUGGGGUUAGAGUGGGGAAAGAGUAGUCAGCAAGCUGGACUGGGGAGAGGGAGAAAACCAGGUGUCCUAGUACUCGGCUCCUGAAGCCAGAAUGAGCAGGGAACAGGAAAAAAAAAACCAGGGUGAUGGGGAAAGUGACAUGGAAAGGACUGGAAACUGCUUCUGUACAGACUCAAUAAAG